UAACUGACUGCUAGCUUUUGUAUCAAUAUGGAGUCCGGCUGUUUGUUUGUUGUUUCUGGCUAAUAACCCGCUGGCACUUGGUGGCUUUAAUGUUCCGUGCAGGUCACCUACAAACCAUCGGCAAAGCGGGAACUGGCUGGCACUUUCACCGGACAAUGGACGAGCUGGUCCAUGAUCUGGUGUCAGCACUGGAGGAGAGCUCAGAGCAAGCUGCCCGGGGUGGCUUCGGCGAUGGCGGGGACCACGCGCUGGCGGUGGGUUGUCUGCUGAAGAGGCAAGCUCGGAAGCGCAGGGGCAGGAAACGACGCUCAGACAAUCCCCAUCCGCCCUGGGAGACGGGCCACCUCAGCGAGGGGUCAGAGUCCAGCGUGGAGGAGCAUAAGGACUACCGUGCCAGCUCAGGAGGUGUUUCCGCUGCCAACAGCCACGCCCGUGACAACAGCGACUCUGAUGACCAGCUUGGCCCCAAAAGACGACCGCCCCACGCUACCGACCUGGGACGAAGCAAGCGACCAAUUUGGCCUGACGACCUGGCCGUCCUGGGGUCAGCAGAGGGAACUCGCAGCCUUAGACGCCGGCGUAAGGUCAAACGUAUGGCUGUGGACCCGCCGGUAGAACCAGAACCUCACUCCUCCAUCCUGCUCGGGCCCCCGCCGGUCCCCAAGGCCCGUGUCGGCAGCAGGGCGCACAGACUCUGUGGUACCGAGAGUAGGGGCGCCAUGGAGCUUUGUGGAAGUGGCCUGCUGGCGUCUGUAGGAGAAAAGAACCGAGUGAAGAAGAGAAAACUGGCAAUGCAAAGACUGGGGCUGGAAGCUGCAGAUGAAGGGGUGGUUGUUGAGAGCGAAGACCCUCUGUCUUCACCAAAAGAAAGAUCUAAAGAGAAGAUGGAGCUGGACGAGCAAAAGGGCUCAGAUGAGGACAUGAGUGACAGGUGUGAGACCAGCAGCGUCAGCAACAGCAGUGAUGGUGGCCUGUAUACUAAUGAUGAGGGGAGGCAAGGUGAUGAUGAACAGAGUGAUUGGUUCUGUGAGGGAGAACCGGGGUCCGGAUCUGGGCCCGGUGGUGCAUGUGGGAUAGCAGGAGUGGUUCCCUGGUGGGAGAGGGAGGCGACGUCGGAGGAGCUGGACCUCGCCGACCCGGUCUUCAGCAGCAUUCUCACAGGAUCCUUUCCUCUCCUGAGCCCCGCUGCACAGAGAGGGUUCCAGGCCAGGUUGAGUCGUCUUCAUGGAAGCCAGCAGGGAUCCGAGGUGGGGCUUCCAGGAAGCUCCGGUCAGGGCUUCAGCGAAAGGCUGAGCCAAGAUCCACAUGAGCCUUGGUUUAACGCAAGCUCAAGGCGGGACCAUGGACAGUUGCACUGGGAUCCGCGAACAGACAAAGGACAUCGGAGGAGCUGUUCGGUUAAAACAGCAAGCAGGCAGACCAGCGGACACCUCGGCUCUCUAUGCACAGGCGACAUCAAAAGGAGGCGAAAGGCAGCUCCUCUAGGUACCGUCGUUCCCUUAGGUGUGGUUGGAGAAAACGCGGCUCCUAUCCCUGACACAAACAUGGGGAGCCGCAUGUUGCAAAGCAUGGGCUGGAGCCCGGGGAUGGGACUCGGCCCCGAGGGGAGGGGUAUCACCGAACCCAUCCGGGCCACACAGAGACCCAAAGGGGCAGGUUUAGGUUUCAACUGAUCUGUCGCUUCCUGGACUCGAGACACAAUACUGCAAAAAAAUAAAAAAUAAAUAAAUAAAUAACAUGGGGAAUGUUGCAAAGCAUGGGCUGAUUGCUCAGAUGAAAUUCUCCUCAGGAUGAUUCUUAACCAAAGUCCUGCGAGCUGCAAGAAUGAAACGGUUCUACUAAGAACGUCUGUGGUGACAAACUUUCCCCACAUUGGGGAAACUUUUACAAAAUCUGGAAUGGAGACGCUUGACAGUAAUGGGUAGAAAUGAGUUCUCCACGUUGGAGAACUGGACGGUGAAGCUUGAUCACAUGUUACCUCAGUGUUUAAGGGCAGACUGCUGAGUCUUUGAGCUCAUUCUGAGUGUGAGCCACUGACAGCGCAACCCGUUAGUCAGCCAAACUGGUUGGAACGUUGAUCAGAAAUGUUUUUGUUUUGUUUUUUUCCUCUGAGAUUGCACAAGAGUUUUUGAAUCAAAUGUUUGACUAGGCCAUACCUCAACACACCUUUUUAAGUUGCUUUUUUUUAUCGUAAUGAAGUUGGCAUACUUUACAUUAAUGUGAGCAGACUUAUCUGGAUGUAUGUAAUAAUCCAUUUCAUUGAUUUAAUUGAGGAAUUUGUGUCAUUAGAAAGUUUUUAUUUCUCCACAAAGAGGGAAAAUAAUAUUAAAAAAAGAUCUAAAUCUGUUUUUGUGUCAAUUAGUGGAUUUGCAUGUGUCCCCUUGAUUAGAGUUCAAUUUUUUCAGUUAAUUGUUUUAGAUUUAUUAUUUAGUCUUGCACAUUUUAAAGGGUUUUGCUUAAAGUUAACAUUUAUUACUUACUACACACGUUAUAUUUCAAAGUCAAAAGAAACGUCAUGUCUGUACUGGCCAGAGAAAGUAUUUGAAACGCUUUGUAAAGUUGUUUUACAAACUAAAACCUAUAUGUUUGUUUUUGUAGAAAACAUUAAAAAACCCAAACAAAUUAGGAUCCUAACAUAAUGCUUAAUUUUCUCUUUGUCAGUGUUAGAGAUACAAGUGCACUGAAUGCAGAAAAAAAGGCAAUUGAGGUUGACAGUAACCACAUGGCUGCUUAGGGUAACAUAAAUUUAGCCAGAAUCGGCUCUCGAUGGUCUGUUUAGAUCGGCCAUGCAUGUGGCGUAAUCGGUACCAAAACUGACCCAGUUGCGAUUGAAACACCAGCCGCAGUACCACCUGUCAUGUCAGAGGAGAAACAUGCCAGUGAAUGUGUCUGCCAAUUUUUCUUCAUUGGACAAUAUUAAAUUAUGUCUGUAUUGUAUGACAGACGUAUUUUCACAAACACUGCUAUCUGGAAGUAAAUAGGUUCAACUCAU